AGUUCAUUAAUUCUCACGUAUUAUGCGGUCGGUGAUGGGAUUCGAUCCGUAUAAGAAAUUCACCGUCGUUACAUUUUUCAGCAUUCUGCCUGUUGCGUGGCGAGCCGGUAACAGAGAGGGACGAUUACACUAGCCGGGAGCCGGAUGUAAAAAGAAUUCACUGCUCAGCAUUGAAUUCAAAGUCGUUAUUGCUCGUCUGAUUCGCAUGGACUUUUGUCAGCGUCGAAUUUGAAUCGUUGGUAAUCCAAGAAUCAUGAUGCGCUUUAUUUUCAUCGCAAUUCUCUGCCUUUCACUGGGACUCCUGCAACAUCGGACAAACGCGCAUGACGACGCAUAUUGCCUGUUGCGUGGCGAGCCGGUACCAAAGAGGGAAGAUUACACGUACUUUCCCGGUGUCGGUGGCUACAAGCUUAAUCGCGUGAAAAAGACGUGGUUCGAUGCCCGCGUGGCCUGCGAAGAAGACGGCGGCCAUCUCGCCGUCAUCAACAGUCCCGACGAGGCCCAUUCCAUAGUCGUCUUGUUCAAGCAAGCGGAGGAGAUCCACGGCUUCCUGGACGUCGCCUUCUGCGGUUUUCACGACCUUUUCCGGGAGGGCGAGUUUCUCACCAUUCACGGACAGUCGCUGGAACGGGCUGGCUUUGACGUCUGGCACGAAUCUCAACCCAACGACAUCGACAACUCCCAAAAUUGCGGGGGAGUUCACUACGGUGGUACGUUCAAUGAUCUCCGCUGCGACGAUCUGUACGAAUUUAUAUGCGAACUCCCCGACGCUGAUGAAAAUGAUGCGUACAUAAAAAAUUCACCGUCGUUACAUUUUGCAGCACCUUGCCUGUUGCGUGGCGAGCCGGUAACAGAGAGGGACGAUUACACGUACUUUCCCGGUGUCGGUGGCUAUAAGCUUAAUCGCGUGAAAAAGACGUGGUUCGAUGCCCGCGUGGCCUGCGAAGAAGAAGGCGGCCACCUCGUCAUCAUCAACAGCGCUGACGAGGCCCAGGCCAUAAUUUCGGUGUUCGAGCGAGCAAAGAAGAUCCACGGCUUCCUGGACGUCGCCUUCUGCGGUUUUCACGACCUUUUCCGGGAGGGCGAGUUUCUCACCAUUCACGGACAGUCGCUGGAACGGGCUGGCUUUGACGUCUGGCACGAAUCUCAACCCAACGACAUCGACAACUCCCAAAAUUGCGGGGGAGUUCACUUCAAUGGUACGUUCAAUGAUCUCCACUGCGACGAUCUGAACGAAUUUAUAUGCGAACUUCCUUAUACUGCAGAUUAUUCCUUACAAUCAUCUCACGUAAACACUAAUAAUCCGAUUUAAAUACGAUAUUUCAUUUACAACCUCGACAAUUGG